ACGUGUCUGUGGUGGAUCCAGUCUGACGGCGAUGACACCAAUCCUUGCGUCAACACGUCAGCGCGUCAUGUGACGACGUCUGUAGAACUUCACGCGGGAGUCAUUCAACGUGCAGGCUUGUUUUUAUACAUUCACUUUUCCUCUUUUUGGUUAUUUUAUCACUCACAGCGCUGGAUUUGAACAGACAGGUGAGAUGUUGAGCCCCAAGCUGCUGACCCUGGUGCUGGUGGUGCAGCCGGGCAGAGUGCUGCUCGGCAUGAAGAAGAGAGGCUUUGGGGCUGGGAAGUGGAAUGGGUUUGGGGGCAAAGUCCAACCUGGAGAAACCAUUGAAGAUGCUGCACGAAGAGAACUGCAGGAAGAAAGCGGCCUCACAGUGGACGCUCUGGAGAAGAUCGGGAACAUCAAAUUUGAAUUUGUUGGAGAAACGCAGCUGCUCGACGUCCACGUUUUCAGAGCGGACACCUUCAAUGGAGAACCAACAGAGUCAGACGAAAUGCGGCCACAGUGGUUCGAAUGCGACAAAAUUCCUUUCAGCCAAAUGUGGGCUGAUGACAUCCUGUGGUUCCCCCUGAUGCUGCAAAAAAAGAAAUUUGUCGGAUACUUUAAGUUUCAGGGUCAUGAUGUGAUCCUGAGCCAGAAACUGGAGGAAGUGGAGGAACUAUGAGACGACUUUUAUGAAUGUGACAAAAAAAACGUCUUUAAAUUUCUUCUUUAAAUGCUGACGAAAGCCACUGUUCACCGUUUGUUGUUCAGCUUCAUUUGUUGGAGUAAAAGCAAGAUGUAAGGAUUUAAACCACCUUAGCUGUACAUUGAGAGUGUUUACAUGUAAAAUUACUGUAACAAUUUGAGAAUGAACUUUUUUUUUCUGUGACACUUCAUAUAAUAAAUACAAAUCAACCAAAGCAAUAAAAAACAACAGAAAUAUC